GGCUGGGAGCACUUACUACUGAUGCGAGCGGCUUGCUCCCGAACCGCAACAGCAUAAGUUCCCUUCUUACAAGCACGACAGCCUUUUAUCGCUAGCUGAAGGAGCUCGGUAUAACACCCGGGUCUCAAAUCGACUAGCAUCGAAGGCAACACUUACGCUGCUCGCGAUCGCGUAACACGUUAGCUGGGCCAGGACAGCAUCACUGCGUCUUCGAUCGUCCUGCGCUUUGUCCGAACAGCAAGCAUCUGAGCCUGUGUAACGGUCUGACAAACUAGCAUGGCAUCCACUGAGGUAGCGCUGCGGUCCCAAGCUGCCGACCGUCAGCCGAAACGGAAACCGUUCGCAAGCUGGGUAAAGAAGAUCGCCAACUUCAAGAGCGGCGACGAACCCGGAACCGCUAAGAAGAAAGGCGCCUCGAAGCACAAAAAGAGUCAGACCCACACCGGCACCUUCAAGAACAACCCCUACCCACAGUCUAGGAAUGUCGCACAGCGACCACAUUCACCAGUAAGCAGCGUCAACGGUCAACUUUCCUUCUACGCUCCUACUUCGCAGGGUCAAGAUGACGACAGAAGCUACAAUUCAUUACCGCCGAACAGCUCGGAUGAGAAAGAGGAGCCGAGCAACGGUAAACGGAGUGCCGCUCCGACUCUAGCUACUAACCCAGACACAGUGCAUAGCGAUGCGGGUCAUAGCAAGGCAGCGACUAGCACAACACGCGGCGGUGCCCUCAGUAGUGUCGACGGUGCUGGUGCUCACAGCAAUUUCAGCUCACCGAACCAAAGCGAGCGAUCUUUGACAACAACUCUCACUACGAUACAAUCUCAAUCCGCGGGCAACGCCUUGCAGAACAGCGCAUCCGGCCACCACUCAACCUACCACCACGGUAGCCUUAACAAUCCGAACCCAGUCAUGUUCAGUCAUCAAUAUCCGGUAUCACCAGCGCCGUCGACGACAAUGACUGCUUCGGCGAUUCCACGGCACAUGUCCGAGGCUAUGCCUAACACGUACUCCUCCGCAACAGCCAACAACCUCUGGACCGAUGACGCGAGCAUUCUUACUCUAGCAUCCUCCUCUAAGCGAAGAAGGAGGCGAAGCAUGGACACAGAUGCGUCCAUACGCGCGAUCCCGCCCGGGUCAGUCUGGGGUGGUAGUCGCGAGUCCCUGCCCAUAAGCGUAUUAUCAGGCAACAUGGAGGGUGCUACGGGAGGUUUCUACUCUUCUGCCCAAAGCCGGCCGUCUAUCGGUGGUCUGGCAUCUGCGGAGAGGGCGAGCGUGUACAGCACUCAAGGCGUGUCUGCACCCGCUUUGGCCAGCGAGCGGAAUAGCUACUAUCGCUCUGCAAAAGACCCAGCGGAUGCCAAGAGUCUACGCAGCAUCACCAUGGACGCGCGCUCACAGUACGACGCAAGAUCGAUCAACGCCGACGCUCGAAGCAUGCAUGAUGCUCGUAGCCAGCUGGGCGACGUCGGCAGUCUUAGGAACUACGAGGGUAGUGUGCGGAGCGGUGCUCUCGGUCAUGCUAGGAAUGAUAGUAUCCCUGGCAGUAUCGGUAGCCCUUUAUCUGGCGCGGGCAGUCGACAUCUGGGCACUAGUGGUGCGCUAAGUCGGCGCAGCAGUGAAUGGCGAGAAGUGGAAGAGAGGGAUGGUGAUGAAGAAGAGGAAGAUGAGGACGCGGACGGUGAGUCUCACGGACGUGGUAGGGAGCAUGCAGCGCGUAGGGAUGAGCUGUGAGUUUGAUGGUGAGAUGGGUCCAGCUUACUGGACUGCCCAUCUUAAAGGUACCGAGUCCAAUAUUGGACUUGUGCGGAACGUGGUUCGGGCAUUGACGUCCAUCGUGGUUGCUGUCUUGCACUGUCCUAGAGGCGUGGAGUGGACAAACAGAGAUACCCACACCCGUUUAGCUUAGGCAUUAUCGUCUUUGGUGCUGUUACAGCAUCGCGAAUUUAUCCGAUUGACAGCGCGUCAACGGCCGUCUACCACUCUCCGC